GAUGGAGAAUUGCCCACGUGGCCAACCAGGGAUAGCCCCUCCUAUGAUUGGUCAGGAUCCAGAGGCGUGGGGGGUGGAGCCAAAGGGAGGACGAACACUCCUGGGAGGGGUGGCUGCCUCUGUGAGCGCGCUUUAGCUAUCCUGUGACUGUGUCGACGUCUGUCCUGGCAGCAGUUCUCUGGUUCUUUGUGAGAAAGGAAGAUGGAGGUAGAUUUGUCCAGCUUCAAUAUUGACACCCCUCGAUGGGACCAGGGCACCUUCGUGGGUCGACUGAAGCAUUUCUUCAACAUCACGGACCCUCGUACAGCUCUUGUUUCGGAGCAGACACUGGACUGGGCCAAGAUCAUGGUUGAAAGUAGCCGGCAUGGUGCCGUGCCCCCCGGCACCAGCCAGGAGCAGCUGCUGUACGCCAAGAAGCUAUAUGACUCAGCCUUCCACCCAGAUACUGGGGAAAAGAUGAAUGUGAUUGGGCGGAUGUCAUUCCAGGUGCCAGGAGGCAUGGCCAUCACAGGCUGUAUGCUCCAGUUCUACAGAACAAUGCCUGCAGUGGUUUUCUGGCAGUGGGUGAACCAGUCCUUCAAUGCUUUGGUCAACUACACCAACCGGAACGCAGCCAGCCCCGUUUCAGUCAGGCAGAUGGUUGUAUCCUACUUCACAGCGACCACUGCAGCCUUGGCUACUGCCCUGGGACUUAACAUGUACACCAAGAAAGCCCCACCUUUGGUAGCCCGAUGGGUACCCUUUGCUGCCGUUGCUGCUGCUAAUUGUGUGAACAUCCCUAUGAUGAGACAACAGGAGCUCAUCCAUGGCAUCACUGUGACUGACAAGAAUUCUCAAGAGUUGGGUCGAUCACGGAAAGCUGCAGCCAUUGGCAUCUCCCAGGUGGUCAUUUCCCGAAUUACCAUGGCAGCUCCUGGGAUGAUCUUACUCCCAAUUCUUAUGGAAAGGCUGGAGAAGUUGGCUUUCAUGAAGAAAAUUCAGUUCCUGCAUGCCCCAUUGCAGGUGAUGCUGGUAGGAGGCUUCCUCGUCUUCAUGGUACCUGUGGCCUGUGCCAUUUUUCCACAGACAUGUGAGAUGGCAGUCUCACAUCUGGAACCCGAACUCCGAGAUUCCCUCAAAGCUAAGCAUGGAGACCUCAUCUCUUUCGUCUACUUCAACAAAGGACUCUGAAGUUCCAAUUCUUCAUCUCUUGGCUUCCCCAGGCCCUCAGAAUUUCCUUUCUUCCCUCUCACUUCCCAACACAGUAUAAAAGCUAGGCUGAAUUUGGGGGUGAGGGGGGUGGAUUAGAUGCUAUCUAUGCUCAAGCCCUGCUGCUCUUCCCACUGCAGACUGCUGUCAGAGAAAGUGUGUGAUAUAGUGAGAGGACAGAUGCUCAAACUGAGUGACCAACUUUGAGGGCUCUGUUCCUCCAGAUCCCCCCAAAUUUUCAUGCCUGUCACUCAGGCACACCAUCAGCCUUUAUACCCAGGAGCUCUAGUCUCUAGUGGAGAAAAAAUCUUCUGAGAUCUGGGUAAAGGAGAUUAAGGAAAAUACCCUGAGGGUAUUUUCAAGGUAAUGGGGGCUGGUACUUUAGAAUUCCUGAUUGCAGUCUGAUCAAAGACAUUUACUUGACUAAGAUGGGCAGUGAAGAAAUUUCCAGACUAACCCUUUCUAGUUCUAACCUCAGAUGUGCUGAAAAACUUGGGACCUUUUCCCCAUCUCUGACCCUUAAUAGCUGGAUGACCCUAAAAGAGUCAUUUAACUUCUGGUGUCAGUUUAAUGAAGUUAAUAAUAAUCAAAGUAUCUACCUCACAGGAUUGUGAGGAUCAAAUGAGAGAAAGUUUAUCAAAGUGCUUAGCAAGUCUUAAAGUAUUCUAUAAAUGUCAGAUUAGUAUUACUCUUUGUAUUCCUAUUAUGGUGGCCACUUUGUCUUAAAUCUGUAGGAAUUGGUCUGAUAAAAUCUCUUGCAGAUCUCUGAUUGCCAAAUCCUUGCUUGCUGAAAUCCCCCAGGGAUGCAGGUGUUGAGGCUAGAUUUUCCAUGUCCGGGAGUGCCUGAGGCCAGUGGUCAAUAGGCUGAUUGUCCAGGGGUCCUCAAACUUUUUAAAUAGGGGGCCAGUUCACUGUCCCGCAGACUGUUGGAGGGCCGGACUAUAGUAAAAACAAAAACUUUGUUUUGCGGGCCUUUAAAUAAAGAAACUUCAUAGCCCUGGGUGAGGGGGAUAAACGUCCUCAGCUGCCGCAUCUGGCCCACAGGCCGUAGUUUGAGGACCCUAUGAACAAUCUCUUGGGCAUUUUUAUUGCUAUUUGAGGUGGAAAUUCACCUGAUUAUUAAUUUUUUUUAGAUAAAAUUUAUUGGCUAUGAAUGAAAGUUCUUCCCAAGAACCAGUCUAUUUGGGUAGGUCUCAACUGAAACUUCUGGGCAGAAAUGCAUUGAUAUGGCAUUUCUAAGUCCUGUCCCUCCCUGGCUUCUGCUAAGAAAAUGGUGCUGAGUAGGAAAUGGAAGAAUGAUUUUGAUACAAACAACAACAAAAACCCUUCACUGAAGUGCUAACCCUCAUUCAGCCUCUACUAUCCUAAAGUCCCCACAAAGACCCAGCUGCCUUGUGUGGUUGGGGGGGGGGGGUCAUUUCUUAGUCCUGGGGCUGAUACAGACAAGAAUUUUUUCAAAGUUUCUGCCUCUUGAGAAGAUCUUACUGUGAACUGAAUAAAUCUUUUAAAAAGUUAAUUUAAAAAUUCUUGAAUUAAAGGUUUAAACAUUUCUUUUAAAAGGCGAUCCAGUUAUAUCUUUUCUUAGCAUAUUUUGAUUCUUUCAGGGUGGUGUGGAAAUAUGCCUAAAACCCAGAGCCUUGGCAUCUGGCAUCAUUAAAAAGAGGAAAGAGAAAAACCUU